AUGCCGUCGAUGGUAGAGAAAUACUCUGUCGAGCUCAGAGAGCGCGACCCAGAAACCGUUGAUACGCUCUUCCUGGACAACUCGGACGACGGAAAGAUCGGAGGAAUCAACGACAAACUCACAAAUCUGACGAUGCUCAGCAUGGUCAAGUGUGGUCUGACCACUCUUACUGGCUUCCCAAACUUGCCAGCUUUAACUUAUUUGGAUAUUAGUGACAACCAAUUGGGAGACGAAGCAAACUUUGACAUUCUCGUCAGAAAUGCUCCAGAGCUCGAGAGAAUCACUCUUGCUGGGAACAAGCUUUCCUUGGACAAUAUGCGCUCUCUCAAGAUGCUGCCGAAGCUUUCUGAGCUGGACCUCACCAACAAUGCUGCACUCGGACUUCUUGAGGAGUACCGCGCAAAAGUGUUCGAGAUGAUUCCAUCGUUGAAAAUUCUCGAUGGAUGUGAUAUCGACGGAGAUGAAGUUGAGGAGGAGUUCCAUGGAGAGGGAGGUGAAGACAGUGGAGAGGAGAGCGCUGAGGAAGACGGGCCAGGGCUCAGUUAUCUUGACAAGAGCCAGUUCUCUGACGACGAGACUGACGAUUACGUCCCAGAAGAGAACGGAGCCGAGGCUCGUGGAACCAAGAGAGCUGCUUCUGGAGACGACGACGAGGACAACGAGGAGCCAGAUGUCAAGAAGGCUGCUGCCGAUGAGGAAUAA